AUGACUUUCUUUCCUCUGUUUAUAAUUGUAAUAGAUGUUGGACACUUUGACUCCAAGUAUGUUAUACAGAAACGCAGUGAUUUUUUGCAAAAGGCAAAACUAUGUGUUCGAAGAAUUGUGGAGAGGAGGAUAUUUACCAGUGGUAAAGAUGAAAUUGGGUUGAUUGUACUUGGUUCUGACAAGACACAGAAUCCACUUGAUUACCCAAAUGUUAGUGUGGAAUUUCCUCUUGCACUACCUACAUGGCAGAUGAUAUCCUUUGUGGAGAAAUCUUUACAUGAAAGUGAAAUAAAAAGAGAUUGGAUAGAUGGUGUUGUUGUUGGCAUGCAAGUCUUGAAAGAUGAGCUAGAUUUCUUUAGAAUAAUUUGCUGUUUCACGGGUGCCUUGAAGGAAAUAAAAGAUCUCGAAAGUGUCUUAAUGACAACCGAUGGCCUCAUGUUGACAAGACAGCUGGUUGCCUUGCAGAGGGCAGGGCUUGACGGUCUGAACAUCAGCUUAGACACCCUGCAGUCCCAACGCUACAACCAGAUCACGAGGAGGAAAGGCUGGGCGCGUGCCAUGGCUGGCAUAGAUCUAGCCUUGCAACUUGAAUACGACCUUGUGAAGAUAAAUUGUGUUGUAAUGCGAGGUUUUAAUGAAGAUGAAGUGUGCAGUUUUGUGGAGUUAACAAAAGAGAAAAAUGUUGAUGUAAGAUUUAUCGAGUACAUGCCUUUCAGCGGCAACAAAUGGAAUGAUGGGAAGAUGGUCUCAUUUAGUGAAAUGGUCCAAAUAAUUAGAAAGCAGUGGCCUAAUUUUGAUCCUCUGCCCAAUGGGCCCAAUGAUACCUCAAAGGUACGUGCAGUAUUACUGUUUUUAAGAAAUGUGGGUUUCAUGACAAGUGUAAUUGAACACUUCUGUGGCACGUGCAACCGUUUACAGAUAACAGCUGAUGGCAAUUUGGAGGUGUGUCUCUUUGGGUAUUCAGAGAUAUCUCUCAGAGAUGCAAUACGAAGCAAAUGCAGUGAGGAUGACUUGCUUGCCAUGAUUGGGGCAGCAGUGAGAAGAAAGAAGAAAUACCAUAAAAAAUCCCCAUUUGCAGCUGAGGACUUUCUUGAUCUCAGGCACAUCCUAUGUGGAGCAGCUGCAGUCACUACUGUGCUCCUUUUUGCCAUAGAGGGUGGAUCUCCUGUUGGUGAGGUUUCUACACUGUCGGCUUGUACACUUGAUCCUGUGGGGGUUGGUGUUGCUGUUUCUGCUAUUGAUGACUGUUCUUCCUCCUUAAAUGCUGCUGCUUCACAAGAUUUAUCAAGAGUGGUGAUAACAUCAAUUUGUGACAAUAAAUCUUUGUCAUGUGCAAUCUAUAAUACUGUUGUUCCAUUUGUAAUAAACAAUUUCUUUGAUGCUGUUUUCCCAAAUAAGCCUAAAUUUUACUGUUAUUCACAUGGACAGAGGCAGAAUUAUGAAGAGUUCUUUGUUACAGCUUGUAUUUUUGUUCCAGGUGGCCCUGAACUUGAUGGCUGUAGUGAUGUCGUGAAGGCACAAAGUCGGAAGUUGUUAAACCUUCAGAAACAAGAUUUUCAAAAGUAUUUCUUCUCAGAUACCAAUAUUUCGCCCCUGUUUGUGUCGGAUACACAGAUGUCUCAGUUGUUGUCACGUAAUUUGAGUGUAGUGACUGAAUCUAGAAAACAGUUUCUUUUGCUUCCCUGUGCCCCAAGCAUUAUGUGCAAUGCAGGACUCCUAACAAAACAAACACACAGAGCACAGCCCUCUGUCUUCUCUUGCCGUUUCUGCAGUUUGGGAGCACAGUCCGAAAGUCGGACUCAUGUUGACCGGUCUGGCAGGGCAAAAAUGGUCAACGUGGGUUCGAAGCUGGUGACAGAACGGACUGCUACAGCACGAGCAAAGGUUUUUGUGGGACCCGAACUGAUGAAACUCAUACGAGAAAAUGGCCUGAAGGUACUUAGCGUUGCUCGCCUGGCGGGAAUUGUGGGGUCCAAGCAGACGUCCAGCCUUAUCCCUCUGUGUCAUAACAUAUCUUUAUCCUCUGUGGCUGUGGACAUUGAACUGGACUCUGCUCUCAACUGUGUGAUUAUAACUGGCACGGCAAAGUGUAGAGGGCAGACGGGCAUGGAGAUGGAAGCUCUCGCUGCUGUAUCGGUGUCUGCCUUAACAGUGUACGAUAUGUGCAAAGCUGUGAGUCAUGACAUUGUGAUAUCUGAAAUAAUGCUUCUGGCCAAAAGUGGGGGAACUAGAGGAGACUUCCACCGGACAUGA